CUUUCCCCACGUUAUUGGAAGCCUCUCUUCUUUGCCAUUGCUCUCUGGAUUCCUCCAACCUUUCUUCCAGCUCCAAUGGCUUCCUUCACUUCGAGCAGAUGGUUGAGACCUGAGGUGUAUCCCCUCUUCGCUGCAGUUGGCACAGCUGUUGGUAUCUGUUGCAUGCAACUGAUAAGGAAUAUCACCACCAACCCUGAAGUGAGGGUCACAAAAGAAAAUAGAGCUGCAGGAGUGCUUGAUAACUUCUCAGAAGGAGAGAAAUAUGCAGAACAUGGCCUCCGAAAAUUUCUCCGCAACAAGAACCCCGAGAUCAUGCCAUCUCUUAACAAGUUCUUUUCAGAUCCAAAUUGAAAAAUUAUUGGAACCUGUCCUAACUUCUGUUAUUUUUGGUCCAUGAUUCUUCUUGCCUGGCUUUUGAAAUGCUUCAUUCUAGAAGAGAUUGAUUUUGCUGAUAGGGUGGCUAUACCUCCAUAUUUGAGUGCUGUUGGUUUCAAUAAAUUUGUUGAACAAAGGAUUUCAUAUCAGUAACUAUAUCAUUCCACAUCUUAAAUUUCAUGUGAGGAUCUAAAAUAAGCACUUGAUCAUAGUGCUGGUUUAUAUAUUAACGCCAGAGUACUUUAGAAGUCU